GUUAAUGAUGAUGAGAUUGACGAAAAUGACGACGAAGAUGACAACGAAGAUAUCGACAAAAAAGAUGAUGAUGAAGAGAAUACCAAGGAGAGAAAAAAGUUGGAGAAAAGCUCGAAAAGAAAAAGAGAUGAUGAUGAGCCGGAUUAUGAAGGAUUGUCGUUAUUAUUUGAUGAAUCAAACAAAGAUGCCCUUGUGGAAAGUGUUGAUGAAAAAGUUCUUGAGCAAGAGAACAUAUUGCCACAAGCAAGUGAUAAUAGCGUCUCAAAGGAUCAACCAAAAAAUAUGGAUGCGGGUAUCAUUGAAGCCUUUCACGAAUAUCAAAAGACGGUACCAAAACCCUCCUGCGUACUGGGGGGUCUGGAUUUAACUGGAGAAAGCUUACAUGAUUGUAAACAACUCAAAGAGGAGGAUAUAAUGCAACUAUCACAAGACUUUGCCAAUAAAAUUUCCUGGAAAACAAUGCCUCCAGAAGAGAAUAUACGAGAAUAUUUUGAUAGUAAUUGUGAGAAAAGGAUUGACAAUAUUAGAAAAUUGGAUGUCAACAUUCAGUUUAUGAAAAGUGAUGCAUAUAGUUUUCAAGGAAUAAUGACUGAGGAGGAAUUAAAAAUGAGUUCAGCAUUUCCACUAUUUCGUGGAAUAGGAUUAAAAAUAAUUGAAAUCCAGACUAUACCUACAAAUUAUGCACGCAACGAAAAGAGAAAUCCAUUUAAAAAAGCACGGAUAGGAAGACGUGUAGAUAUGAAGAGUACCCUUGUCAAAACCUCUAAUAAAUUCGAGGUCAUUUAUGGAGAAGUAGCAGGGGGAUUGGGUCCACUUGGAAUACCCACUGCCUGUCGUAAAAAGCGUUACCUCGAUAAGGUAAAACUAAUGAUAACAAUGCGCGAUGGCAUUAACAGACUGCUAAAGGAAUGCAAACAUAUACCAUCCGAGAAACGUAUGAAUUUAAUUAUAUAUGGAUGGCUUCAAUUCGGUCUAGAACUGAAUUUUUAUGCCAUGGACUGGUCAGGUUCUGGUAUUACAGAUUUGGCUUAA